AUGGGUUCUAUCAGUACUCACAAUACAACAUUGGAAUGGUCCCAGUACUGUAACAUCAUAGAUGGCGAUCUGUGUACUACACCACGCACACGACACGGCAUCAAUCCAGCAACUGGAAAGGCUAAUCCCGAAGUGCCACUGUCAUCUCAGGAAGAUGUCGACAGAGCCAUGACAGCGGCGCAGAAGGCGUUCAAACAGUGGUCUACCACAUCUUACGAUGAGCGACGACAAGCUGUACUGUCCUUCGCGGACGCUCUUGAAACAGAACAUGCAGCUUUCUCUUCCAUGUUGACGCAGGAGCAGGGCAAGCCACUACAAUUCGCGCGCAUGGAACUCGACUUUGCCAUUCAAUGGCUCCGCGGCAUUGCGAAGCUCGAAUUGCCUCAGGAGGUGAUCGAGGAAGAGGACAGGAAAAUUGUCGUGCGUUACACACCCCUUGGAGUGGUUGUCGGAAUCGUUCCAUGGAAUUAUCCGAUCCUUCUCGCGGUCGGCAAAAUCGCGCCCGCCGUGAUGACUGGCAACACCAUCAUCAUAAAACCAUCCCCGUUUACACCAAAUGGAGAUCUCAAGCUCUGCGAGCUAGCACAACGAUUUUUCCCCCCUGGUGUUGUCCAGUGUCUGUCCGGAGACGACGAACUCGGCCCCUGGCUGACAGCACAUCCUGUGCCAGCUAAAAUCAGCUUUACCGGGUCUAGCUUUACUGGAAAAAAAGUUAUGGAGUCAGCCAGCAAAACACUGAAGAGGGUGACACUCGAACUAGGUGGUAAAGAUCCUGCUAUCAUUUGUGAGGAUGUGAACAUCAAGGAAGUUGCUCCUCAGAUUGCGCAACUUGCGUUCCUUAACUCUGGUCAGAUCUGUAUUGCUUUGAAGCGAAUCUUUGUUCAUGAAAAGAUUUUUGAUGAGUUUAGAGACGCUAUGGUCGAGGCGACCAACAAUCUGAAGAUGGGGGAGGGUAAUGAACCCGAUGUCUUCCUAGGUCCGAUCCAGAACUCUAUGCAGUACGACAAAGUCAAAGGAUUUUUCCAAGAUGUUGAGAAACAGGGGUAUAAUAUCGCUGUUGGUGGUACAAAUCCAUCGGGCGAAGGAUACUUUAUCACGCCGACUAUUGUCGAUCGGCCAGCUGAAGACUCACGUCUUGUCCUUGAAGAGCCUUUCGGUCCCAUCGUCCCACUUCUCAGCUACAGCACCUACGAGGAGGCUGUUGAAAAGGCCAACAACACUAUGUAUGGCCUGGGUGCUUCAAUUUGGUCAAGCGAUAUCGAAAGAGCAAACAAUCUCGCCACAAAGAUUGAAGCUGGAAACGUCUGGGUAAAUUCACACUUCCAACUGGACCCAAGAGUUCCUUUUGGUGGUCACAAACAAAGUGGUAUCGGCACAGAAUGGGGUGUUAGCGGCCUGAUCUCUUACUGCAACUCCCAGGCACUUUACUUGAAGAAAUAG